GUUCUCUAUCUUUAUCGUUAGUAAUUAAGAUCUGAUUUUUCCCCCCCACUUUUAGCUCAUUCGAUCGUCUUGUGAUUUCAACGAUUUAGUUGCCGGCGCAGAGAAUUGUCGGCAUGGGAAGGUCUCCGAUCAGCCAUGAGGUCGCCGUCGGUAGCGUGAAGAAGGGGCCGUGGACGCCGGAGGAGGACCAGAAGCUGGUGGAGUACGUGGAGAAGCACGGCCGGGGAAGCUGGCAGCGGAUCCCUGCGCUCGCCGGCCUCAACCGCUGCGGCAAGAGCUGCCGGCUCCGGUGGACCAAUUACCUCCGGCCGGACAUCAAGCGGGGCGAGUUCACCGACGACGAGGAGAAACGCAUCGUCCACCUCCAUUCUCUCCUCGGAAACAAGUGGUCGUCGAUCGCGGCGGAGUUACCGGGGAGGACCGACAACGAGAUCAAGAACUACUGGAACACGCACCUGAAGAAGAAGCUCCUGCGAAUGGGGAUCGACCCAGUGACCCACCGGCCGGCGCCGGCCAACCUCGGCCUGCUCUCAGGCUUGCUGUCCCCUGCAGCAGCCGCAGGCAAUUUGGGCGACGCUCUCAAGAUUCAGGUCGACCUGGCGCACCUUCUCAAGCUGCAGCUGGUGCAGAGCCUGCUCCACGUCCUCACCGCCGGCGCCGCCACCCCGAACGUUGACCUGCUCCAAUCAUUAACGCCGCCGCCAAAUCCUCUAGCACGUAGCAGCGAUCUUCUCCUCCAGAGCUCAACCAACACUCUCGUCCCCAACCUCUCAACGUUGAGCCAGUUCUUGAGUCCGGACGCUUCCAUGGAGAUCAGCAGCACGAGCUCUUUUCCGGCAGCGGCGGCUGCGCCGCCGCCGCCUCCUCUGGUUUCACCCUGCUCGGGAGCCCACAACAGCGAGAUAACCAAGCCAAGCAGCGAUCACAGCGACUGGGAAGACCUCAAGCUGGAUGAUAUUGACAGUGAUUGCUGGAAAGACAUCAUAGAUCAAAUGCCGCCAUGGUACGAGGAAAUCCUGGAAAGCAGCUUGUAAACAAAGUUCAUACAAUAUUUCAGACACCACCAUAAACUUUGAAUUGCUCAAGUUUUGUACACAAUGUUCAUGAAAUCAAAUAGCUAGCGGUGAAUAAAAAUAAAGAAUUAUUUCUUUUUUUUUCCCUUUUCUUUCAGUAUUAUUUAUGUAUUGUACCAGAUAUUGUGAUUAAAGAAUAGUUGA